AUGUUCACGAAGCUUGCGAGCUUCGGUCUGGCCUCUUGGCUUGUCUACGGCGCGUAUGGCGCAGCACAGGCUCCUUUCGCCGCACCCGUCCUUGCUCAACCUGACGAUGUCACAAAAUUGCACAUUGAGUCUGGUGUCACCACCAUGCAUCUCUCAGCCGUCUCUUCUGGUGACGAAUUCACGUCCUUGAGUCAUCCUCUCUAUCCUGAGCAUGGCGUGCGAAUCAAGAGGACCGACUUCUGUGACCCCACUGUAAAUGUGUACACAGGCUAUCUUGACAUCGCACAAGGAGCGAAGCACCUAUUUUUCUACUUCUUCGAGAGCAGACGUGACCCAGAUAAUGACGACGUGAUGAUGUGGAUCAACGGCGGACCGGGGUGUUCGGCUUCAACUGGUCUGCUCAUGGAACUAGGUCCAUGUAAACUCGACUUCAACGCCCCUAAUGCAUCCUUGAAAGACCCGUACUGGAAUCCUUGGGGGUGGAAUCGCGAGGCAAACAUCUUCUUCCUGGAUCAACCGGUAGGUGUCGGCCUAUCAUACGCCGACUACGGAGAACACGUCGGUACCACCGAGGAUGCAGCAAAGGAUAUCCACGCCUUUAUCACGAUGUUCUUCGAGACUUUCAGUCAGUUCCAGGGACGCGCGUUCCACCUCUCUGCGGAAUCCUACGGUGGACGGUAUCUACCAGUCUUUGCGAGCGAGAUCUACGACCAGAACCAGAUCGCUGCGAAAGAGGGGCGUACCGUCAUCAACCUCCAGAGUGUCAUAAUAGGCAAUGGCAUAACGGACAUCUCGACACUGUACCCAGGUCGCUACGCCAUCGAAUGUGAGAACGCCGCGAUCCCCGUCCCCUUCCAAAGUAUCUCCAAUUGCGUCCGGAUGAAGAAAGCGCUUCCGCGUUGCCAGAAGAUGAUGCAGGCGAACUGCAUCGACACGUACGACGAGAUGAACUGCCGCGCGACGGUCAACUUUUGUGAGACGGAACUUGGCACACCCCUUCGUAUCGCAGGACGUAACAACUUUGACAUCACAAAGCCUUGUGCUGGCCCGGAUAACUGCUACGCAGAGUCCAAAGUGAUCGAGGAGUACAUGCACCGUCCAGAUGUACUCGAGAAGCUCGGCGCAAGUGCACCCGUCCCGUUCACAGGUUGCUCAAAUGUCGUCUCCUCCGAGUUUACGCUCAACUUCGACAAAUGGUCUCACCCAACCCAGUAUUACGUGUCGAGCUUGCUGGACCGUGGUAUACGCGUGCUCCUGUAUGCCGGCACGUACGACUGGCAGUGCAACUGGGUUGCCAACAAGCUGUGGUCGGACAAGCUCGAAUGGAGCGGCACGGAGGGGUAUGCGGCGGAGGAGUGGCGCGACUGGAAGGCCAGCAAUGCUACUGCACCGGCCGGGCGGACGAAGAGCUGGGGUCCGCUCACUUUCGCCAGUGUAUACGCCGCAGGACAUAUGAUGAGUUGCCUUCCUCUUCCGCGAGCUCUACGUCUCUCUGACCCUCGAUUGUCUCUACGUCCCGUUUGA